GGAAGUUUGGUUCCUGUCGUGAGACGUGGCCUCCGGAGGAGGUGGUUCCCCUGCAGCUGCUGCAUCAGCUUACCCGCGGCGGAGCACGGAGCUGGAUGGCAGGGAUAGUCUGGAGCAGAAACCUCGGGAUUAUAAUGUCCUUUCGGCGUCAGCUGCGAGUGCUGGGCAUGGUGAAGGAGCCAUGAAGUUUCGGGCCUGGAGCCCAGCUUGGGGUAUCGCUGCCUUUCUCAGCAGCACUGCCCUUUUUUUCAUUUCCACAACGGCGUCUAGCCAUCGGUCCAACGCCAGGAAGAUGUCCCAGGCCACUGUGCUGCAGGCGGUGGCGGGUCCCUGGUGUACCGAGGAGUUGCCGGGUCUACAGGUGCUGUUGGACCUCUUUUCCGGGGAGAGGGGAGAUGCUUUUAUCUGUUCCCUCAUUGGAUCUAUUGUGGUGGGGCUCAGUGGGAUUUUCCCCUUGCUUGUCAUCCCGAUUGAAGCAGGAGCCGCCUUAAAGACUGAAGCUGGCUGCCAGAAACUGAAGCAGCUCUUGAGCUUCGCCGUCGGAGGUCUACUGGGUGACGUCUUCCUCCACCUGCUGCCAGAGGCAUGGGCCUAUUCCUGCAGCACAGAUGGGGGUCAUCAGUAUCACAAGAUCCAGGGCCUGUGGGUCAUUGUGGGAAUGCUGUCCUUCCUCGUGCUGGAGAAGAUGUUCCCAGAUGAGGGGAGUCAGGAGGAGCCCUCGAUCUGCUCGUGCUCAAAAGCCAAUCUGUACGCUAAGUCCAGCUGUGGGCAGACAAUCGGUUCGCCGGAGAAGUGGGCCCCACACACAAAUGGGCACUGUCCCGAUGGCCAUUCCGCUCUGGAGCCACAUCGAACCCCCGAGAAAAUAAAGACAAGUGGAUAUUUAAACCUCCUGGCCAAUUGCAUUGACAACUUUACUCAUGGGCUGGCAGUCGGGGGAAGUUUCCUGGUCAGCAAAAAAGUCGGUGUCCUGACAACAUUUGCCAUUCUUCUUCAUGAAAUUCCUCACGAGGUGGGGGACUUCGCCAUUCUGCUGAGGGCGGGGUUUGACCGUUGGAGGGCAGCCAAAAUGCAGCUGUCCACGGCUCUAGGGGGGGUUUUGGGUGCUUGUUUCGCCCUCUGUGCUCAGUCUCCCAAAGGAACAGGAAAUUCUACAGCCUGGAUCCUACCAUUUACAUCAGGUGGCUUCCUGUACAUUGCUUUAGUCAACAUAGUGCCAGACCUUCUGGAAGAGUCUAACCCCAGGUGCUCGCUGUUGCAGAUCCUGUUACUGUGCUGUGGGAUAGCAGUCAUGGCCGUCUUGUCCGCUGUGGUGGACUGACACUCUGGGUGCGCUUCCACUGCAGAAAGAGACCCCCCCCCCCCCCAACACACACUUCUCAACUUUAAUGUGUCAAGUGGAAAUGAUGUCACAGGAAGUCAGUUUAUUUCUUCGCAAUGGAAGCGGACAGACAAUCGGAGGCUUGCGAGGUCCAGGUUUUUGAACAUGCACUCCAGUGUGGGAGCCAUGCCAGAGGUGGACGUGCCGUGAGUGUGUGUGGUUCAAUCGAAGGGAUCCGUCGGCUGCUUAUCCAGCCCGCGGCACCACACUCCCCAGGACCACUACUGAGAUGAACAUUCAAAGAUGCGUUAUUUGUUUCCCAAAGUGUUACUCUUCAUUUACACGCCAAUACCCACUGGUACCACUACGUGGAAAUGGCUAAAUGUAAUAUUUUCUCAUCAGUCUUGCAUACAUAACAACUUUACUUCAAACAUCUGUUAACCUUUGCCAAUGUACUGAUUUAAAUGCUCUUUAGCUGUUGGAUAUUGGUCCUUGUUUCACAGUCCUCAUUGGCACUGUCAGUUAUGUUCUGUUAUUUAUAUAUCCUGUCAUAUAAGAUUUUGUAUGUUCAAGCAUAUUCAGGUGCCUUUUGUUAGAUUCUGUGGUAUUCGGCAAGCAAACGGCAUGUUGUCAGUCUAAGGUCAGAUCAUACCUGCUGCUUUCCGUGUCACUGGAGAGUUUAGAUACACUCUGCAAUUUUGUCGAUGCACAUGACUAAAAUUUUCUGUAUCUAUAUUUCUUGAGUGACACUUAUUUUGGCUCAGUGUUAGCCCCUGGGAAGGUAUAUAUAUUAGUUGUGUUAAAGAAACUCAAAAGCUUUUAAAUUAAUUACUAUAAUUUAGUCUUUGAGCGUUAAUGACGCAGUAGGAAUACACACACAAAGACAUUGAAGAAUGAAAGGGUUGUUUUCCCUGUACGUAGAACUAGAAUAUACUAAUCUUAUGCUACAGCUAAAUCCCUGUGAUCUAUUUUAUUACAGAUUUUAUUCUUAUGUCGGUGUAUAACCUUCACUCCCAUAAACCGGUAACAUUUAAGAGCUAGCAAUUUUCCCUUGUUUAGUUUGCGUGUUUGGGAAAUGCACAUCUAUGAUAUGUAACACUUAACUCUACAUAAGCCUGUGAGAUUAUUCUUCUGAAUAGGUCAGUGCUUAAAAACGGCAGUAUUUUAUGAAAUGCUUAUUAGUCUGGUUUUUCUGCGAUUUCACUCAAUUUUUCAGUCAACUUGAGCAACUGACUUCUGCUGUGCUGCUCUGAGUCUCCGGUAAUGGAAUAGACUGCUUUUCGAAAAUGCAUAUCUUGUUUUAAGUACAUCUUUUGCCUUAUGUGUACCUGUUUGUAAAUAAACUUUUUUUGUUAUACAAACCAAA